AACCAACUCAUUCCCAUUACAACAAAAUUGAACAACAUAUAACAAUACACAUUUUCAUUCUUUCACUAACCAACACAUUUUUUAGUACAUCAACAUUAAAAUUUCUGCUAUGGGUGUAGCAUCACGGACAUUAGAAAUCACGGUUUUAUCGGGAGAAAACAUUCAAGCAACCGAGGAUGCAUAUGUCGUCGUUCGAGGUGAGUCUCUAAAUUGUUACACAACAAAGACGGUGAAAAAUAACGAAAGUGGGAAAAACUCGAGUUUCCUUUCAUGGAAUGAGAAGUUUUUGUUGGACAUGCCAAUGCAUGCAAGGUCGGUUUCAUUUGAGGUGCAAUGCAAGAAGUUCAAAGGUAUUCGUCCUAUUGGGGUGGCAAGAAUUGCCAUUUCUGAUUUUCUCAAUUGCGAUGUGCUGGGAGAUUGUUCGCAAACUUUUAGUUAUAGAUUGAGGGAUUGGGAAGGGAGGCAAAAUGGAGUUAUUCAUUUCAGUGUGAGGGAGGCUGUUUCGGAGAAAAUAUUGGUUUCUACGACGGAAAAGAAAAUGGUGGCGAAUGGAAAGAAUUAUGGUAAUCGUUUAACCGGAACGGAUGUUGGUGCCAAGAACUCUAACAAUGGUGUUGUUGUUGGUAUUCCAGUUUGGUGGAAUUACCCCAACAUUAUUUAAAGAUUUUUUUUUAAUUAUUUCAUUUAUUUAUUCAGAUUGUUUGUCAAAGAUUGAUAAAGUCAAUUAUAUUCCAUCCAUAACAAAA